UUUUUUUUUUCUUUUUGACAUUUAUAAUCUAUUCUUGGUCUCUCUCUCUCUUUUUGUAUAUUGUAGAAUAUGGCCACAAGACUUGAUCGUUUAGUGCUUUUAUUAGAUACUGGAUCAACGUCGGCUAUAAGACGAACGGCUGCACAACAAUUGGGUGAAAUUCAAAAACAACAUCCUGGAGAACUAUACAAUCUUUUAUCAAGGGUUGUUGUUCAUUUACGAAGCAAAGCUUGGGAUACACGUUGGGCUGCUGGUCAAGCUUUGGAAGCCAUUGCCACUAAUGUACCAUCUUGGGAACCUCUAGAAACAUUAUGUGACCCAUCCUCUUCUACAACACCUAACGACAUCAACAAACUUCGAUUUGAUCAAUUUGAUCUUGCAUCUGUCUUACAACAUGGAAAACCAUUAUUAGGAUCGGCAGGAAAAGAAUAUGACAUUGACUUUUCGGAUAUGACUCCACAAGAACGUUUGGAAAUGCAACGACGAAAUCUACGAGAACGCCUUGGUCUAGGAAGUCAAUUUAUGGAUGUGGAUCUUUUGGACGACACGGAUUUGGAUACAAAGAAAAAAGUGAAAUCAAGUCCUUCAGCUUCACCAUCGCCAUCAACCUCAACAACCUCAUCUUCAACAACAACAGCUUCUACUCCAGUGACACAAACACCUACUCCUGUAAUUCAAGAAAUUAAUAUGGCUGGACUUUCUGCACGCGAACGGAAUAUGUUAAAACGAAAAAUGAAAAUGGAUGCCAAAGCCAACAAGAACAAAGAAAAAGUACGUGUAGUAGACUUUAAAGGCAAAACAGAAACAAAACCAAUAAAAACUGAACCUGAAAAUGAAGGAUUCGACAUUACAGCUCAACCUCAAUCUGAUAAAUUUGUGGUGGAAUCCAAAAAACCUGAUAGUAUAACUGACUAUAAUGAUCAAACUCCUGUGGAUUGGCCAUUCAAAAUGAUAUGUGAACAUUUAUGUAUGGAUUUGUUUGAUCCUACCUGGGAAAUUCGACAUGGUGCUGGAAUUGGUUUACGAAGUAUAUUAAAAGGUCAUGGUGCAGGCGCUGGAAAAACAGUGGGUUUCAAUCAAGCUGAAAAUCAAGCCCUACAUGUUUCAUGGUUAGAAGAUGUGGCUAUUCGACUAUUAUGUGUGUUUGCUUUGGAUCGAUUUGCCGAUUUUGUGUCUGAUCAAGUAGUAUGUCCUGUCCGUGAAACUUGCUCACAAACUCUUGGUGUAGUACUACAAUAUAUGCAAGCUGAAGGUGUAGUUAAAGUUCAUGAAACAUUACUCAAACUCAUUGCUCAAGAUGACCCUGCUUUUGGCUCGAAAUCUAUCUGGGAAGUACGACAUGCUGGCUUGCUCGGUUUGAAAUACACAGUGGCUGUACGAAAGGAUCUAGUGGAAAUGUUAGUAGAUGGAACAACGGGUGCAGUGAUACUUGGUUUACGUGAUCAUGACGAUGAUGUACGAGCAGUUAGUGCUUCUACUUUGUUGCCGAUAACGGAGGAUUUUGUGCGAAUGUCUUCCAAAGAACGUAUACGCGAUGUGAUUACAACUCUAUGGGAUUGUUUGGUGGAUUUGAAAGAUGAUUUGACUGCAUCGACAGGGGCUGUGAUGGAUUUGAUUGCCAAACUAUUUGAACAACCUGGUGUAAUGGAUAUUGUACAAAGUGGUUACUCGCUAUCGGACCUAGUACCUCGACUUCAUCCUUUCUUUCGACAUACAAUCAGUAGUGUGCGGGUUGCUGUCUUGAAUACACUAUUGACUUUCUUGGAAUGUGGUACUGCAGCUGAAUGGGUGGAUGAACGUGCUUAUCGUUUGGUAUUCCAAAAUCUGAUGGUGGAAGAACGUGUGGAUAUUAUCAAGAAAAGCUUGCAAGUAUGGAAGAGCUUAACAAUUGGUGGUAAAGUAGAUCAAGCUAUCGUAUUACAAGGUACUCAAAAUUGGCUUGGAAGUUGGUUCGAAUUAGCGAUGACUCCUAUUGGUCAACCUCUUGAUGUUGCCACUCAUUUUUACAAACCACCUGGUGUAUUUGGAUUUGAUAAUUUUUUGGAUAGCAACAGGAAAUCAAAAUUAUCAACACCAUCGACAAACAAAUCAAAUAAAGGAACCAGUGGUGGUGAUAUCCGGCCAAUAGAUUCAAUGACGAAAAAUGAGGAAGAUGAACUUGGACACAAUUUGGAUGCUGGAAUGAUUGCUCAAGACUUCUCGAUGAUAACAAUGGAACAAGUGAUACGUGGACGAAUUGCAUGUACUAGCGCACUCGGUAUGGCAAUGAGCAUAUGGCCGGAUGAUUCAAUGGAACACUCUUACCAAGAGGUAUUACUGACACUUUCGACUUCACAAUGGGCAUUGAAACGACAAUUAGGAGCCAUGGUGGUGGAAGAAUGGGCGAAAGCAGUGCUUCAAACUAGAUACAACGCUGAUUGUAUUGGCAAUGCGGAUCCGACAGCUAUCUUAGCAAAUACACACAACUUUCCCAAAACGUUAUCUCAAGCUAUGAUUACUAAUCUUGAAGAUGCAGCUAAGCAAACAGCGACCUUUUAUUUUGAAUUGGUACAUCUUCUCAAACGAAUUCGUGGUGAAUGUCAAGCAUUAAUUAAUGGAUUUAUAGAAGCUCGGCUACCUGCGGAUACUCUACCUCAAUUACCAUUACUUGUCCUUGGGGAAGCUCAACCUAGUGAAGGUGAUGGUGGCGAAUUAUUUACUAUAGAAACGGCUGGGUGGUUGGCGUCUGAAGCAUUUGAUCCUAUGGUGAGUCGCAUUCCAAAAUCAAAAGGUCGUGCAGCAAGUAUUACUUCCUUACAAGAACGACAACGUCGUGUGGUGGCAUCGGUUGGUUACUAUGAAGAACUUAAGCAAAAAGUGGAAAUCAAUGUUUAUGCUGCUACUGCAGGUGCAGUGGUGGAACUUGGGGUUUUACCUGCGAAAUUAAAUCCUGUCAUUCGAAGUGUCAUGAAUAGCAUCAAGUUUGAAGAAAAUGCUGAGCUCCAACAACGCUCUGCUUGUACAUUGGCUGACCUGAUUGCAAUGUGUUCAAGAUCCACUAGUCGUGUUAAUCCAAAUGAUCAAAUCACCAAAAAUUUGUGUAUCUUUUUGUGCUCGGACUCGACAAAAACUCCUAUUCUCGAAGAUAAUUUGGUUCAAUCUGGUAUCCAAAGCAUUCAAAAGGAAGACAAACCUACAACCAAUGUUAAUACAAAGGAAAACGACUCUGAUUAUCGUGAAACUCAACUGAUGAAACGUGGUGCUGAAGUUUCAUUUCGUGAAUUGUGUAAUCGAUUUGGCAAUGAAGUAUUUGAUGUUGUACCGAAAUUAUGGAGUUGUAUGACGGAAAAACUGAUACAGGUAUUCCCAUCUGAUGAAGUGGAUGCAAGUCAAGCCAAUCUUCGUAUGCAAGACAAUCUCCUUAUAGGUCAAGAAGUGAUCGACUCAAUAUCAGUGAUUACUACGGUUGUACCAUUCUUAUCUCAGGAACUAUGGCCACGUGUGAUCUCCAUUGUACCAUAUAUCUGCAAGGCGCUACUUUCAUGCUUUGCCGUCAUCCGUCAAGUCAGUGCACGUUGUCUUGCUACCAUCGCCAAUGUGAUUACUCCUGAAACAAUGCAAUAUGUGAUUGAUCUUGUGAUUCCCAAUCUUGGUGAUAUGUUGAACCCUAUCCAUCGACAAGGCGCAUCUGAACUUAUCUAUCAUCUUGUGCAGUUAUUGGAUACCAAGAUUUUACCAUAUACAAUCUUCCUUAUUGUUCCUGUACUAGGCCGAAUGAGCGAUGUAGAUGAACCGGUGCGAUUGAUCUGUACAAAUUGUUUUGCUCUCCUCAUCAAACUUGUACCCUUGGAAGCUGGUAUUCCUGACCCACCUGGCAUGUCUGCACAAAUGUUAGCGCAACGUGAUGAUGAACGUAAGUUUUUGGCACAACUCUUGGAUAGCUCAAAAGUGGAGAACUUUGAAAUUCCUGUCAAAAUCAAUGCUGAACUAAGACGAUAUCAACAAGAUGGUGUUAAUUGGCUGGCAUUCCUCAAUCGGUUCCAUUUACAUGGUAUUUUGUGUGACGAUAUGGGUCUAGGCAAAACAUUACAAUCUAUUUGUAUUCUAGCAAGUGAUCAUUGUCUGCGAUCAAGACGAUAUGAAGCCACCAAAGCUCCUGAUUCAGUACCAUGUCCUUCUUUGGUGAUUUGCCCUCCCACAUUGACAGGUCAUUGGUAUCAUGAAAUUCUACACUAUUCUGAAAAUCUCAAACCAUUGUUGUAUACUGGUGGUCCUGCGGAAAGAAAACGAAUUCGAUCAACUAUGGACAAAGCAGAUGUGAUCAUCAUGUCAUAUGAUAUCAUUCGAAAUGAUAUUGAAGAACUGGGUGUCAUCAAUUGGAAUUACUGUAUUUUGGAUGAAGGUCACAUUAUCAAGAAUGGAAAAACCAAGAUCACCAAAGCCAUCAAAUCCAUCAAGUCCAAUCAUCGUUUGAUUUUAUCUGGUACUCCUAUUCAAAACAAUGUAUUGGAACUAUGGUCUUUAUUCGACUUUUUAAUGCCGGGAUUCUUGGGAUCUGAAAAAUCAUUUAAUGAACGAUUUGGUAAACCUAUUUUGGCCAGUAGAGAUAGCAAGAGUUCUUCCAAAGAACAAGAAGCAGGUGCUCUGGCUCUUGAAGCAUUACACAAACAAGUCCUUCCUUUCCUAUUACGGCGAUUGAAAGAAGAUGUACUUCAUGAUCUACCUCCAAAGAUCAUUCAAGAUUAUUAUUGUGAACUGAGUGAACUUCAGAAAUCAUUGUAUGAUGAAUUUGCAAGGUCACAAGCAAGAAACUCUGUAGAACAAGAUUUGGACGUAAAAUCAACAAUGGAAAAAGAAAAUAAACCCAAGUCUCAAGCUACACAUAUAUUCCAAGCCCUACAAUACCUUAGAAAACUAUGUAAUCAUCCCCUUUUGGUUGUCAAUGAUAAACAUCCAAGUUACGACAGAGUACAAGAUAGUCUCCAAAGAUCUAAUCGUACAUUACAUGAUAUUCAAAAUGCACCAAAAUUACUGGCACUCAAACAAUUACUUGGAGAAUGUGGUAUUGGAGUGACAACAACAGAAUCAGAAUCAGAUCCUGCAGCCAUGGCAGUUGGAGCUGUGAGUCAACACCGAGCACUUGUAUUUUGUCAAUUGAAAACGAUGUUGGAUAUUAUAGAAAAUGAUUUAUUCAAGAAACUGAUGCCAACAGUGAGCUAUUUGCGAUUGGAUGGAUCUGUAGAUGGAAGUAAACGGCAUGAACUAGUGACCAAAUUCAAUGCGGAUCCUUCGAUUGAUGUCUUAUUACUGACGACGCAUGUGGGUGGCCUGGGAUUAAAUUUGACGGGCGCAGACACAGUGAUUUUUGUUGAACAUGAUUGGAACCCAAUGAAAGAUCUACAAGCCAUGGACCGGGCGCAUCGUAUUGGACAAAAGAAGGUGGUGAAUGUCUAUCGAUUGAUCACUCGCGGUACUUUGGAAGAAAAAAUCAUGGGAUUACAGAAAUUCAAGCUCAACAUUGCCAAUUCGGUGGUGAAUCAACAAAAUGCAGGACUCAAAAGUAUGGAUACAGAUCAAAUUUUGGACUUGUUUAAUGUUGAAGAUACAGAGGCAGAAAAGAAGAAAAAGAAGAAAGCUAUGGAAGAAGAAGAAGCUGGAGCGACAACUGCUACUGCUGGUCUAGGUGGAGCUAAAGCUGUAUUGGAAGAUUUGGAAACUUUGUGGGACGAAAAGGAUUAUGAAGAAGAAUAUAAUAUUGAUAGUUUUAUCAGUAGUUUACAAUGAUAUCUAGAUUAGAUGCAACUUUUUUUUUAAUUCUAUUAUUGAAUAAAGCAC